UUUUCUUCGGUGUGGUACUUUCGCUGAAUUAAAAAAAUUGCUGAAUUGGAGAAGCCCAAAAGUAAUUUUAUUUUUAGUGUGAUUGUGAGAAAAUUUACGUGAUUUCCUUAAAAACACACAAUAUAUAUCAUGUCAGACGAUUAUUUGAGUAAACCUAUCUCUUUUGGGGCACCAUCAGGAGAAUCUCCGGUUCAGAGCAGACAACAGAAGACAUCUACACCAAUCUCACCAUAUCUCAAUUAUGAUCCACGCUUUCUGCAGAGCGCCCAACCUGAGUUUAUAUUCCCUGAAGGAGCAUCGAAGCAGCGAGGGCGCUUCGAAUUGGCCUUCUCACAAAUAGGAUCAUCUGUGAUGGCAGGAGCAGCUAUUGGCGGAGCUGCUGGGCUGUACAAUGGCAUAAAGGCUACAAAUCUCGCCAAUCAGACGGGAAAACUCCGAAGAACACAACUCCUGAAUCAUGUCAUGAAGCAGGGAUCAGCUACGGCAAAUACACUGGGUACCAUUGCGGUAAUGUAUUCGGGCUUUGGGGUAUUGCUGCAGUGGGCACGUGGUGAAGAUGAUGAGAUCAAUACGGUUCUGGCGGGUACUACCACGGGAUUACUGUACAAAUCGACAGCUGGAUUGAGAAAAUGUGCCAUUGGUGGAGGAGUAGGCUUCACACUAGCUGCCCUGUAUUGUUUGUGGGGCAUCUCACGCGGCACUUCUAGCAAAUUCAAUGACUUUAAGCAGUACAUGUAAGAUGCAAAAUUCCGAUGAGAGAUAUAAAAUACCAAAUACAACUUAGCUGAAGUUAGUGAA